AUGGCUGCUCAGCCAGAAGCCACCUUCUCAACACGGCAGCGUACUGUGAUUGUUCGACCUCGAGAUGAGGAGGAAGCUAUUCAGAGCUCGAAUGGUCAACAUCUCCAUGCGGUCAACAUGAAGAGCCCCACAAAAUCAGAGAACUCGCAUAUGUCCAUGCAUCUUCCCGACAAAAAAGAGCUGGUUCACCUGUGGGACAGAUUUACGCGAAAAGGGAAGAGAAAAAUCGGAGUGGUUGAGAGUCUCCGGGCAAUUUUCUAUUCAUCUUGGCUUAACAUCUUCCUACUGUUAAUAAUACCCGCGUGGGUGUCAAGAUUUCGACACUUCUCCCCGACCGUGACAUUCACUCUUACAUUCCUUACGAUUAUACCCUUAGAGCGUCUGUUUGAUUAUGGCGGAGAGCAGUUGGCUCAUUACUUGGGAAUUGAAUUAGGUGAUCUCAUCAUUAUUACUCUGAACAAUACUGUGGAAGCAACCUUAGCCAUCAUUCUUCUAAAAAAAUGCGAAUUGGUUAUACUUAAGUCCACGAUUGUCGGUGUUGUCAUUCUUCAUCUUCUCCUUGUACCUGGGACGGCCUUUGUGACGGGAGGAGCACGUAUAAUCGAACAAGAUCUCCAUCCGCACUUGACGGAGCUCAAUCAUUCUCUGCUCACCCUCGGGGUGCUUAGUCUCAUGGUUCCUGCAGCAUUCUUUGCAGCAAUAGAUGGAGGGUUUGUUCCAACGACGUCAGGAGCGGUGAACCCAGUCGUCAACGAUGAGAUUCGAGGCAUGUUCCUUAAAAUGAGUCGAGGCGUCGCUAUUUUGCUUCUCUGCGUCUACAUUUGUUCUCGGAUCUAUCUUCACAACCCUCCAGGCGAUGACAAUGCUCUGAGCCUUCAUUUGGCGGCGGAUGCUCCUGAGGCCUUCAAGCACGAAGCAACUCAUCUGCAGGAAACUGAUCCAGAGGUGAACCAAUGGGUCUGCCUCGUAAUGCUUGCCACUUGCAUCGCUCUCAUGGCUGCCACCGCAGAAUUUAUGGUAGAGAGUAUCGAAUUUGUCAGAGAAUCGGGACAUAUUCAAGUGGAAUGGUUUGGUUUAAUACUUCUUCCGAUGGUAUCAUUUGCGGCGGACGGGACUGUGGCUUCCGCGUUUUUUGUCCAAUACCUCUUUCGUCACUUUUUCCGAGAACCCACCCCUCCAACGACACUGGCCAAGGGGCGUGCCAUCGACCUGAGCAUACAAUUUACCCUUUUCUGGAUGCCAUUCUUCGUUCUCCUUGGUUGGUGGAUCGGUAAACCAAUGACUCUCCUCUUCGAUCUGUUCGAGGUCUGCGUCCUGAUUGGGGCUUGCUUCAUAGUCAACUACGUCACCGCUGACUCGAAAACCAACUGGGCAGAGGGAGUUGCGAUGGUAUCGUUCUACAUCAUGAUUGCUUUAUGUUCGUGGUUCUACACUGGCCAGACCGAAGUUAAUUUCAUGUCGCAAUGCGGAACUGUUGCGGCGGCAAUCGCGAAAGCGGCGACUGGUAGCAGUGAAGCAUAG